AUGAUACCUUCACGUUCGAUGCAUGCUGCAACAGGAAUGGUCUUGGUUUCAAGUCAAACGAGCCCACCAUCGUCUUUUUCAAAGCACAACGGAAGUAGUCUCGAAACAAAGUCCUUCCAAAAUGACCGCGACAAUGGCAAAUCAGAUGGGUUUAUUUACAUUCCCAAAUGCCGCAAAGCAAACUCAAAGGAUAAGGCAACCAUCGUGAAAACGAUUGCAACAAGCAGGGAUACCACGAUAGACAGCAAGAACAACAACAAUCGCUUCUCCGCUCUCGCCGAUGACGACUUUUGGCUUCGGCAGUACGUCACAAUGCAGUCUACACUUGAAGACGACGACACGUCCAUAUCAACCAUGGGAACAACAGGAACGACAUCAAUAGAUGGGGACUGUACGCUGCCAACACCACCUCGUGCAAACCGCAGUAAGCAGUCACGGUCUCGUCCAAGGAAAAAAUCACCACCGAAAACUCGCUGGGUUACAUCCAAUGACAAAAUUCAACAGCUGCCAUUGCCUCCCAUCCUAGCACAUCACAAUACUCCUCAAGUAGCUUGGGAAGUGUCCAGCAUCACGCCAGGGGACAAGAAAGAACGCAGAUCCAUGCAAACUAAGCAGCGCCGCAAAUCACUGGUCAAUACAGGUCGAGUCAAAACUCUACAACAACAUCAUGACUUAAAUCCACAUGAUGCUCUAGUAUGGCCGCAGUUAUCAUCUACGCAACAGCCGACUCGACGAUCGAGCAUCACGACCACUUCAAUGAAUAUGUCACCCAAGCCACGAUUCCUUGACAUUGCAACCAGAACAGCGACGAAUCAUGACAAGCUCAUCAUUCCUCUCUCUGACAGCAAGGAAUCAACACCGGCAAGCAACCAUGACCUCGACAACAAUUCCUCGGUUCCAACACACCGCAACAACAAUAGCAUGAGACCACCAACAAUAGGCAAGCGCUCCUAUCCAUGA